AGGUAUAGCGAGGAAAGAAGAGUUAAGUGGUAUAUCGCCAGGGGGUGUCAAGGGUCGAAUGACGGUCCUGGCGUUGCUCGAAGCUCGCAGUUGUAUUCAGGCAGUAGUCGUCUAGUAAGUCGGAGCGUUUUUUUCAAAGGAACACGUUGUAAAGCAAGAUACAAGAGAAGGAACACGAUAUAUAAUAUAAUAGAUACAGAAAGAAGAUAGCGUGAAUCUCAACGUGUUUAUAAGCGUUAGAGAAUUACGAAGAGGUUACCAUCCGUCGAAAGAAAGAAAGAGAUAGAUAGAUAGAUAGAGAGAGAGAGAGAGAGAGAGAGAGACAAAACUUAUUCGAGCUGCAUAAAAAUUUGCGUUCCUCGUGGCGAAUAAAAACCCGAUAUAAAUUUUUCGCAGGAGAAGUUAUCUAGAAAGGAGUCACGGUGAUAGUAAGCAACAACGCCCUGAUCGGAUACGAGCGACGAGUGCUCGUCUAGAGUAUAUAAGAAAAAAAGAAGUUGAGAAAGAGGAGAACGACGACAUUCUUGCGACGGUUCGUGAUCGUUGAGGAAGAAAGAAGUACUAGCAUUCUACGAGACAUAACGACGAAGCUGGUGUACCCUUCGUUAGGGCAAUCCAUCUGUCUCGACGCUCAACGUCGCUGCGACUCAUAUUUUCACGCUAGAAGGCGGCCGUCCAGCAGGGCGAUACCAUUUUAUAUGACUUUUCUUCGACGACAAGCCUAAUCGUUGGUUCAACGUCGGGCCGGGUCCAGCAGCGAGAAAGAUCGCAUCCUCACCAACGGCAGCAACAGCAACUGUCGCAAAUCACGACUUAUGCGUCUAUACCGAGCAGAAACAUCCAGGAUAUCAUCCAGAGAGAAAGGAUCGGUGUACAGGAAAGGCGGCGGUAGUAGGACAUCGUCCAAACGGUUUACAAACGGCAGCACCAUCUCGUUCGUUCGGUGCAAUCCUUUGGUAGGAUCAAGCGGUGAAUCGAUCGCACCAACCUGGUUCCCAGGGAUUCUUAAAGGCACGAGAAACGGACAGGCAGCGUGUAUGAUCAUUGAAGAAUAUCCCCCUCUGCCCAUCAAACCGAGGCAAAAUCCGCAUCAAGAUACCACCCAUCGAUUUUUAAAUCAUCUGGUCCUGCCUAAACACAGGACCUCAAAAUUUUCCAGUAAUAGGCAUCGGAAGUUACAACCGUUCAGAGAAACGUGACUAUCGUCAGCGGGUAGAGCGGCAUACCUUACCGCGGACAACGAAAACCACCCUGACUCGACACGUUACGAGCUACCAUCGGGUAGCAAUUGCUUGGCAACGUCGCUAC